AUGGUAUGGGCAAAGAGUCAUCACCUUGAUAGCGACGCAAGAGGCUCCUUGGUCACAUGGCCACCAGGGUCAGUCAAAGCAGCAGAUUGGCUGCUGACCGACCCGGGAGUGGUCCAAGUGCCUCCAGUGGUCGGUGGUCGCAGCCUCAGACAGUGCCCUUUUUCUGAAAAAGUACCCCUCGUGCAGGAAAUCACGGGGGCUGUCCAGCAUCUUGAUAAGCCUCCCUCGGUCACCAGGUUUCUCUCCUGCUACUGCAGGCACCUCCCCAUCCAGAGGGUGAAAAAGCAUUCUCUGCUGUUUGUCAAUCCCAGGAAAGCUCUUUCUUUCCUACUCACCACCUCCAGCAAGAAGAAUGGUGUUAAGAAAGAAAUCCAUUAUAAGAGUGACUUAAACUGUGUCCACCACACAGAGCUGGGCACUGGGGACACACUAAUGCAUGGAGAAAAGAGCACCAGUGGGGGGUUUCUGAGCUUGGAUCCAACCACCCCCGCCUGGGAGCCGGAACUCACACCAGUGAAUCGAAGUGACCAGGACCUUCCUCAGACUUUCAGUGUGGCGACCCUGACCCUGGUCUUGCUGAUGAUCAUCAUCGCCUUGGAAGGACUGGCGGGAAACGCAGUUGUGCUGUGGCUCCUGGGCUUCCACCUGCACAGGAAUGCCUUCUCCAUCUACAUCCUCAACCUGGGGGAAGCCGACUUCAUCUUCCUCUGCUGCCACAUUAUAGGUUCCCUGGAGAAGCUCAUCACCUCCUGCCACUCCAGCUCCAGCCCCAUCCCCAGUUUUUUCACCACUGUGCUGACCUUUGCCUACCUCACAGGCCUGAGCUUUCUCAGCGCCAUUAGCACCGAGCACUGCCUGUCUGACCUGUGUCCCAUCUGGUACCGCUGCCACCGCCCCAAACACUUAUCGGCUAUCAUGUGUGCCCUGUUUUGGGCCCUGGCCCUGCUGCUGAGCACCCUGGAAGGGAAGUAUUGUGGCUUCCUGUUAAUGGACUUUAAUCGCAUUUAGUGUCGGGUGUUUGAUUUCAUCACUGCUGGGUGGCUGACAUUCUUAUCCGUGUUCCUCGCUGGGUGCAGCCUUGCCCUGCCGGUCAGGAUCCUCUGUAGGUCCCCAAUGCAGCUGACCAGGCUGUGUGUGACUACUGUGCUCACAGUUCGAGUCUUCCUCCUCUGUGGCCUGCCCUUCGGCAUCCACUGGUUCUUCUUAAUCUGGAUUCAGGAUGAUUUGUUUGUGUUCCCCUGUCAUCACUGGCUGGUGGCCUUGGGCCUGUCCAGCUGCACCAGCAUCAUCAUUUACUUCUUCAUUGGCUCCUUUAGGCAGAGGCAGCCAAAGAGGCGAGGACAGCAGAUCAAGGUGGUUCUCCAGAAGGCUCUGGAGGACCUAUCAGAAGUGGAUGGAAGCAAAGGCACCCUACCUCAGGAAACCCUGAAGGCGUCAGGAAGCAGUCUGGUGUCCUGA